CUGGGUCUUGUUGCAGAAAUAACAAGUCUGUGGGUCUUGGGAAUGCAAGUAUUUUUAUAGGACAUUGCUCUAAGGAUUCUUUCAUUUUUCCACUUCAAGAAAGAUGCUGCCCUUUGCAUACAUGCAAGACAACUGAGAUGCAGAUGAACAUUCAGAGUUCAUUUUACUACCCUAAAAAAAAAAAAAUCACAUUGCUACAUUUCUAGAUCCAGGUUUUAGAACUGAAUUGCAGUGGAAGAUUUUGAGUUCCUUUUUGACUUUAUUUGAAUACUUUUAGGGAUAAUUUUAAAAAAUCUUUUCUCCCACUUCUGUCUGCUCUUUUCUGAACUGUCUACUUACCUUUCUUAAAAAGAUUGUGUUGGGGAUCAACUCUCCCAUUAGGGUUUUAGAGGAAAAAAGCUAAUUGAGAAAGACUGGAUUCACUUUGGUUUGAUCGUUCCUAAUGUUUUGAUAUGUCCAGCCAGCCAUCUGCAACUGCAAACUCCCUGCUGAGGCACUGGCGGGGAGACAAAGAAAUGGAAAACUGUAAAGAAGUCUCCAUGUGAUGGAAGCACAGAGCUUUGGGCAGCCUGACUGAAUUAAGACCACAGUCCUUUUCGGAAAUCAAUCUAAAACGGAGCUAUUCACAAUCAACCUGAAAUUCAAAGCAUCACAUAGGAGUGACCCAAAAGGAAUGUGAAUUCAUCUCCAGGACAUGCGGAAGCCCGUGGAGGAGCUGUUUCUAUUUUCGUUCCAGCUUUCCUGAGAUAAACAGGUCAGAAUGAGCAAAAGGCACAUCAGUGUGGGUCAGCAAACAUGGGCCCUCCUCUGCAAGAACUUACUGAAAAAAUGGAGGAUGAGAAGAGAGACCUUGUUGGAGUGGUUUUUCUCAUUUCUUCUAAUACUCUUUGCAUACCUAUUUGCCUCUGAUUUACAUCAAGUUAAUGACUUUCCUCACUCGCCUGCAAUGGAUCUGGGACGUGUAGAUAAUUUUAAUGAUUCUAAUUAUGUUAUUGCAUUUGCACCCGAGUCCACAACAACCCAGGAAAUAAUGAAUAAAGUGGCUUCGGCCCCAUUCAUGAAAGGAAGAACAAUCAUGGGGUGGCCCGAUGAAAAAAGCAUGGAUGAAUUGGACUUUAACUAUUCUAUAGAUGCAGUGAGAGUCAUAUUUAAUGAUACCUUCUCAUAUCAUUUGAAGUUUUCCUGGAGAGGUAGAAUCCCCAAGAUGAAGGAACACAGAGACCAUUUAGCACAUUGUCAAACAAUAGAUGAAAAAAUCACAUGUGAAGGUUCCAUCUUCUGGGAGAAAGGCUUUGUAGCUUUCCAAGCUGCCAUUAAUGCUGCCAUCAUAGAAAUCACAACAAAUCAUUCAGUGAUGGAAGAGCUCAUGUCAGUUACUGGCAUAAAUAUGAAGCUCUUACCUUUUGUUGCCCAAGCAGGAGUCACGACGGAUUUUUUCAUUUUCUUCUGCGUUAUCUCUUUUUCUGCAUUCAUAUACUAUGUCUCAGUCAAUGUUGCGCAAGAAAGACAAUGCAUUAAGUCACUGAUGACAAUGAUGGGACUUCGAGAGUCAGCAUUCUGGUUCUCCUGGGGGUUGAUGUACGCUGGCUUCACGCUCAUUGUGGCCAUGCUGAUGGCUCUUAUUGUGAAAUCUGCCCAGGUUAUUGUCCUAACUGGCUUCGUGGUGAUCUUCAUCCUCUUCCUCCUGUAUGGCCUUUCUUUGAUAACUUUAGCUUUCCUGGUGAGCGUGUUGGUGAAGAAACCCUUCCUCACUGGCUUGGUGGUCUUUCUCCUAAUUGUCUUUUGGGGGAGUCUGGGAUUCACUGCCUUGUAUAGACAUCUCCCUGCUUUUUGGGAGUGGACCUUAUGUCUUCUUAGCCCUUUUGCGUUCACUGCUGGAAUGGCCCAGCUUAUACAUUUGGACUACGACGUGAAUUCUAAUGUCCAUUUGGAUUCUACAAACAACCCUUACUUAAUAAUAGCGACUUUUUUCAUGUUGAUAUUUGAUGCUUUUUUGUAUUUGGUAUUGACAUUGUAUUUUGACAAAAUUUUGCCCACCGAAUAUGGACAUCGACAUUCUCCCUGGUUUUUCCUGAAGUCCUCUUUCUGGUUCCAACCCCAGAGGGCUGAUCACAUGGCUCUUGAGAAUGAAACAGAUACAAAUUCUUCAUCUAAUGACUCUUUCGAACCAGUGUCUCCAGAAUUCCAUGGAAAAGAAGCCAUCAGAAUUAAAAAUCUUAAGAAAGAAUAUAAAAAAGGAAAACAUGAAAAAGUAGAAGCUUUGAAAGGUCUGGUGUUUGACAUAUAUGAAGGCCAGAUUACUGCCCUCCUCGGUCACAGUGGUGCUGGAAAAACCACCCUGUUGAAUGUACUCAGUGGGCUUUUGGCUCCAACAUCAGGGUCGGUCACCAUCUAUAAUCACUCCCUUUCAGAGACUGCUGACUUGGAAGCUGUCAGCAAACUCACGGGAGUUUGUCCACAAUUCAAUGUGCAAUUUGGCUUUCUCACGGUGAAAGAAAAUCUGAGGCUGUUUGCUAAAGUAAAGGGGAUUCAGCCACAGGAAGUGGAGCAAGAGGUACAACGAGUGUUACAGGACUUAGAGAUGAAAAAUAUUCAAGACAUUCUUGCUCAAAAUUUAAGCGGAGGACAAAAAAGGAAACUCACUUUUGGGAUUGCCAUUUUAGGAGAUCCGCAGGUUCUGCUAUUGGAUGAACCAACUGCUGGCUCAGAUCCUCUUUCAAGGCACCGAGUAUGGAACCUCCUGAAGGAGAGAAAAUCAGACAGAGUCAUUCUCUUCAGCACCCAGUUCAUGGAUGAGGCUGACAUCUUGGCUGACAGGAAGGUGUUUAUAUCCAAUGGGAGGCUGAAGUGUGCAGGCUCUUCUCUAUUCCUGAAGCAGAAAUGGGGCAUUGGCUACCAUUUAAGUUUGCAUCUGAAUGAAAUGUGCAAUCCAGACAGUAUAACAUCACUGGUUAAACAGCACAUCCCUGAUGCCAAACUAACAGCACAGAGUGAAGAGAAGCUUGUAUAUAUUUUGCCUUUGGGAAGGACAAACAAAUUUCCAGACCUUUACAGGGAUCUUGAUAGAUGUUGUAACCAGGGUAUUGAGAAUUAUGGUGUUUCCAUGACAACUUUGAAUGAGGUAUUCUUGAAAUUAGAAGGAAAAUCAACUAUAGAUGAAUCAGGUAUUGGGGUUUGGGGAAAAUUACAAAAUGAUAGGACAAAAGAUACAGGAAGCCUUGAUGAGCUGGAACAAGUUUUGUCUUCCCUUAAUGAAACAAAGAAAGCAACCAGCGGCAUGAGUCUCUGGAGGCAGCAGCUCUGUGCAAUAGCAAAAAUUCGCUUCCUAAAGUUAAAGAAUGAAAAGAAAACUCUUUUGACCAUAUUGUUGCUUUUUGGCAUUAGCUUUUGCCCUCAGCUUUUGGAACAUCUAUUCUAUGAGUUAUACCAAAAACAUUAUUCUUGGGGACUGUCUCCUAACAUGUACUUCCUGUCUCCGGGACAACAGCCUGAAGCUCCUCUGACCCGCCUACUGGUCAUCAAUAAAACAGGGUCAAGCAUUGAUGACUUCAUCCACUCUUUGAGGAGGCAGAACAUAGCUCUGGACGUGGAUGCCUUUGGAAUGAGACACGGCCCUAACGAGUCAUCGUACAAUGGUGCCCUCACCGUGUCAGGUGAUGAGAAGGAUCACAGAUUUUCAAUAGCAUGUAAUACCAAAAGGCUGAAUUGCUUUCCUGUCCUCAUGGAUAUCAUUAGCAAUGGGCUGCUUGGAAUUUUUAAUUCUUCAGAACACAUUCAGACUGACAGAAGCACAUACUUUGAAGAACACAUGUCUUAUGAGUAUGGAUACCUGAGUAACACCUUCUUCUGGAUACCUGUGGCCACCUGCUUUACCCCUUACAUUGCAAUGAGCAGCAUCGGUGACUAUAAAAACAAAGCUCACUCCCAGCUGUGGAUUUCAGGCCUCUACCCCUCUGCUUACUGGUUUGGUCAGGCACUGGUCGAUAUUCCGCUGUACUUCUUGAUCCUCCUCCUGAUGCAAAUAAUGGAUUAUGUUUUUAGCCCAGAUGAGAUUAUAUUUAUAAUUCAAAACCUGUUAGUUCAGAUCCUCUGUAGUAUCGGAUAUGUCUCAUCUCUUGUUUUCUUGACCUAUGUUAUUUCAUUCAUUUUUCGCAAUGGGAGAAAAAAUAGUGGCAUUUGGUCAUUUUUUUUCUUAAUUGUCACUGUCUUCCCAAUUGUUGCUAUUGAUCUAAAUGAAUAUGGAUUUCUAGGGCUACUUCUCUGCACCCUAUUAAUCCCGCCCUUCGCAAUGCUUGGCUCUCUGUUAAUUUUUUCUGAGAUUUCUCCAGAUUCAGUGGAUUACUUAGGAGCUUCAGAAGAACAUAUUGUAUUUUUGGCACUGCUAAUACCUUACCUUCAUUUUUUCAUUUUUCUUUUUGUCCUACGAUGUCUGGAAAUGAACAUUAGGAAGAAAUCAAUGAGAAAAGAUCCUGUGUUCAGGAUUUCACCCAGAAUCAGUGAUGUUUUUCCAAACCCAGAAGAACCUGAAGGAGAGGAUGAGGAUGUGCAGAUGGAAAGGAGAACAGCAAAUGCUGUGACUGUGUCAGACUUUGAAGAGAAACCAGUUGUCAUUGCCAGUUGUCUACGGAAGGAAUAUGCAGGCAAAAAGAAAAGUUGCUUUGCCAAGAGAAAGAAAAGAGUAGCCACAAGAAAUGUAUCUUUCUGCAUUAAGAAAGGUGAAGUUAUAGGUCUCUUAGGACACAAUGGAGCUGGUAAAAGUACCAUUAUUAAGAUGAUAACCGGAGCCGCCAAGCCAACUGCGGGGCAGGUGAUUUUAAAAGGGAGCAGUGGAGGGGAGCCCCUGGGGUUCCUGGGGUACUGCCCACAGGAGAACGCACUGUGGCCCAACCUGACGGUGAAGGAGCACCUGGAGGUGUUUGCCGCUGUCAAAGGGCUGAGGAAGGCGGACGCCACCGUGGCCAUUGCUAGGUUGGUGGAGGCGCUCAAGCUGCAGGAGCAGCUGAAGCUUCCUGUGAAGACCUUAUCCGAGGGGAUAAAGAGAAAGCUGUGCUUUGCACUGAGCAUCCUGGGAAACCCGUCGGUGGUGCUUCUGGAUGAGCCGUCCACAGGAAUGGACCCCGAGGGGCAGCAGCAAAUGUGGCAGGCCAUCCGAGCCACCUUCGGGAACACAGAGAAGGGUGCCCUCCUCACCACCCAUUACAUGACAGAGGCUGAAGCCGUGUGUGACCGCGUGGCCAUCAUGGUGUCUGGAAGGCUGAGAUGUAUUGGUUCCAUCCAACACCUGAAAAGCAAAUUUGGCAAGGAUUAUCUGCUGGAGAUGAAGGUGAAGACGCCUGAGCAAGUGGAGCCUCUCCACAAUGAAAUUCUGAGGCUUUUCCCCCAGGCUGCUCGGCAGCAAAGAUACUCCUCCCUGAUGGUCUAUAAGUUGCCUGUUGAGGAUGUGCAACCUUUAUCUCAAGCUUUCUUCAAAUUAGAGAUAGUGAAGCAGAGCUUCGACCUGGAGGAGUACAGCCUCUCGCAGUCCACGCUGGAGCAGGUGUUCCUGGAGCUCUCCAAAGAGCAGGAGCUGGAUGAUUUUGAUGAAGAACUUCACCCUUCAGUGAAGUGGAAGCUUCUCCCACAGGAAGAGCCCUGAAGCCCCAAAUACCCUGUUACUCUUUAAGUUCGUGACUUUUUAAAAGAUGCUGUUUUAUAGAAUUAAUACACCUUAUCUCAGACGUGGUACCAAACACUACUGAAACUCAUGUCAUCAUAUUUCUCAGUAAUCUUACUUGUUAUAGGAAUGUGGCAUCAGAUCAGGGAGAGCCCAGACACACAGCCUCUGGACUAGCAACCAAACCCCAGGGUUCAGUAAGUUAAAAAUGCAUUUAUUAUAGGAUUGUUCAUGCUUUUGAGAGUGAUACAGAGAUAGUUUAAUUUUCUUUCUGUGAACUUCAAAAUGUUGAUUACUUUCUGAUCUUUUUGAUGUAUUAAAGUACAAAAUAAGGUACAAUGUGAUGUUGAAGGAAGGGACUCAAUUGAUCACACAGCAGCAAAGUGUUAGCUUUUUGUAAUUUGUUGAUUAUUCUUUUCUGUCAUUUUUCAGAUUUUACACUGUACAGUACAGUUUUUCUCUCUCAUGACCAUAAAGGAGAUUUGAAAUCUGUUAAAGUUAAUCAUUGCAGCCAGAAUUUGAAUUAUUGAUUUGAUGGAAAUUUUAAAAUACAUAUCUUACAUACAAUUUUGAAGCAUGUCUCU